AUGUCAGACAUCCACUCAACCGCCUUCAGGUAUGAAGCGGUUUGUACUGAGAUGGGCAUCGACGUGAACCCCUAUGUUAUAUUGAUGUUUGAUAAAGAAAAAGAAGAUGCUGUAUUUGAGUUUAAGGAAUCAAUGGACCUGUACCUGGCAGGCAACAACAAGCUCCUGACAGACAAACGUCUUGUGGAUUCAGAUGCUGAGGCACUGUAUAAAACCUUGUGUAAUAACACAUAUGUCCAAGGUCUGGAUCUCCGCUACAACAACUUAACAAAUGUGGGCGCCAAACACAUUGCCAAACUGCUUGAGGAAACAGUAACACUGAAGUAUUUGAACUUGAUGUGUAAUGACAUUGAGGCAGAGGGAGCUGAAGCCAUAGCCAAGGCCUUACAUAGAAAUGAGAGUUUGCAAAUGCUUAGAUUAAAUGGAAACAAGAUUGGAAACAGAGGAGGGAUGUGUUUUGCUCAGAUGUUACAAGUGAAUAAGACUUUGGAGGCCUUAGACCUGGGUGAUACAGACUUGACAAUCGAGGCAGUCAUUGCACUCCCAACAGUCCUCUACAGAAACAGCACACUCAAGGCCCUCAAUGUAAACAGACCUCUCCUGUUCAGCUGUCAGGAGGAGACAACUGUUCACUUUGCCAAAAUGCUCAAAGUGAAUACAUCUUUAGAAGAACUCCACCUACAGAAGUAUGAUAUGAGGGACUUUGGAGUUACACGUUUAGCUGAAAAUUUGAUGGAAAAUAUGACAUUCACCUACCUAAAUCUCAGUUGCAAUAGAAUCACUCGAGAUGGAACAAAAGAACUUGCCAAAGUUUUAAAGAACAACACAUCAAUCAAAGUUCUGGAUCUCGGAUUUAAUAGAUUGGAAGACGAUGGUGCUCUUCACUUGGCUGAGGCGAUCGCUACUUACAACACCACGCUAGAGACUUUAGUGGUGGCGAGCAACAAUAUUGGAAACAAGGGCCUGUGUGCCCUGGCUGAUGCCAUGAAGACCAACACUACCCUCUCAAGUAUAUUCAUCUGGGGAAACACACUGGAAGAGCCUGCCUGUAUUGCGUUUGCCAGUUUGCUGGAGACUGGACGACUUAAGCCCGAGAACACUGAUGUGCAGGCCUAUGUUGUAGAUGGUGUGACAAAACUAUGUGAACAGAGUAACCAAAUCCGUCGCCAUUAUUACUGGGCCCCGAACUAUGGCAGUGAUGUACCCUCCUGGCAACCAAGGGGAAAGAAUCCUCGCGGCUCUGAUGUCGUCAUCAUGAAGAACCUAACAGUGUACUGAUCUUCGCGAGUUGGAUGUUGUCAUCAUGAAAAUCCUGUACACAGAUCCUCACAGCUCUGAUAUUGCCAUCGUAAAAAACCGAAAUAUGUACGAUAUUGGUUGGGAUAAAAUGAAAUUACUUUUUCCUGAAAAUCCAUUUAUUGUUAUUUCAGUGAUUUUUAGAGUUAAUAAACCAGAAAAAUUGUGACAUACUCGUGAAACUACACAAUUUAUGCACCCAUUAAGAUUUUAAAAAUUAUCAAAAAUACUGGUCUUAAUAUAUACAAAGAAUGAAAAUCAAUUAAUGAUUUAUCUAAACACCAUAAUUUUAUGGAAUCUUUCCACCUCCUAAUGGAAUACCAUUGUUCUAUGAUUAUGAUUCAGGUGGCUAUCUCGGUUUGUCAGUGGCAGACAAUUGAGAAAUGAAGAUUUUAACAAAACUUUCAGUGUCAAAUAUAUCCAAAAUCAUGAAUAUGAUGUUUGUAUGAGAACACUGCAUGUUUUCUUGUGUUAAGCCAAGAACUAUUCUGUGAUAUUUUCUCACAAGUGUGAGUGUUAAUCUAGAAAACCUAAUGGAAAAUAAGACACACAAUUUCAAAACAGAUUUGAUGUUUGUCUUAGUAUAUAUGUUACUGUAAACACAACCAUUUUAUCAUUAAUGGCCCUUUUAUCAUAUCUGUAUUGAAAAGUGAUUAGUUAUCAGCAUUUUGACAUUUACUGAAGAUGUUUUAUUCUAUAUAAUGGCUACUCCACGAGACCCAAAACAAUAAAAGGAAAAUAUUUA